AUGCCGCAGAAGCCACAGAAAUGUCGGAAUAAUAACCGGCUCACAAGCUCAUUGAAGACCACCAUUUUAGCCCGUCCGAUCCUUGAGGAAAACCGCAUUCGUUCAGCUGUCCUUUUAGACUCGGACGGCUCUUUCAGUCCCACCACAGAAUGGGCCUCCGAAGUCAUUUGCCCCAAUUUACUCAGCGGUGCCAAAUCCGAGGUCGCCAAUGGCUACCCUCCUACCAGUGCACUCCAGAGGCGGAAUUUUCCUCAAGCAAGCUUCUCCCUCUCCCUUUGA